AUGAUGACACAUGAAUAUAUUCUGACGCGCAAUGUUCCAGGAUGCGAGAUUUCUUUCUUAACAGAGUGCAGCCUUGUCGCUGGGACUGCUGAUCUAACCACAACAACCGCCUAUAGUGAAGAUGCGACAUAUCAUAGCCCUGAAUCGAGGCCGAAUAUGCCAAAAUGCACAAUAUAUGACGGCGAUGCGCUGCGGUCCCCGUCUGCAGGUCGUGGCCGCUCGACAAUUAUCGCCAUGCUACUGCAGCAGAGCUAG